AUGGCGGAAGGGGAGAGCGUCCAGACGUGGAGAUCCGAGGAGGCUGGAGAUGGAGAUGGGGAAGCCGGCGGCGGAGAGAGCGUGAAGCUGUUUGUAGGGCAGGUGCCGAAGAGCAUGACGGAGGUGCAGCUGCUCGACUUGUUCAAGGAGGUGGCGCUGGUGGACGAGGUCAACAUCAUCAAGGACAAGUUCACCAAGGCCUCCCGAGGUUCCAUCUAGAACAGCCUCUCUAUCUGUGCUUCUUCUCCCGACCCCUCUGCUGUUCUACUGUUUUUUUUGCUUUUGGGGAAUGGCGCAUGUACUACUCGUAGAUCCGCACAGCUGCCGGUUUCACGCGCUGAUUGCUGCUGGUUUUGUUUGUCACGGUUGGCACAGGAUGCUGCUUCUUGAUAUGCCCCUCGAGGGAGGAGGCAGAUAAGGCGGUCAAUGCGUACCAUAACCAAAGGACGCUCCCAGGGGUACGCCACCAGAUCUCUUCGAUUCUAUUUUUUACUGCCUCUGUACCUUCGCUUUUGGACGGUUCAACACUUUUGCGGCCAACUUUGCCUCUUUUAGAUCCGUACUUUUGUACUUUGUGCGUCACUCUUACUUUUACCCUUUUGACUUUUCUUUCUUUGGUUCAAUGCUACCUACGAUCUAGAGUCAUACUUGUGGAAGAUUUUCAAAUUUCUGGUUUUGAAAAAAUGAAAAUUCUGUUUUGUUCAUCUCUGGGGGAAACUCGUGGUGGGUGUAGUACUAAACAGAUUCCUUUAUUCAUUAUUGGUUUGCGCUUAUAAUUUUUUAACUAAUUAUAUGGUGGUUGGAAUUAAUUUUUAGAAAUAUUUUUCUUGUGUAAUGCUUUCAUAAUCAAGGGCUUAAAGGCCUUUUUCUCCGGCAUAUUGGGUAGAAUGUGGUGUGGGAGAAGUUGGACGUGGUAUUUCGAAUAGAAAUAUGCUCCUUUUUCUCUCUAUUGAAAUGUUGUAAACAAUGUUCAUAGGAUAUCUUCGUUGAGCGAAUUCUCGCCACUAUCCAUUGUAGCUCUAUGUAGUCUCUUACACUUCUGGUAAAAUAGUGGAAUAUAUAGCAGGUUCGAAUUAUUCGUUAUCAUCUUUCAAUUGCUGUGAAACUCUUUGCAUAAUCUUGCAGUGUUCGCAUUCUCUAUUGGAUUUCUCUGUGGUUUCGAUUUUUCAUUUCAAACAUAUCUUCAAGUCCACAAUGUACCAAUAGUAUCAUUGGGACAGCUGAGACAUAUGGAACUUCAAACUGAUGGGUGGUUUUGUUCCAGUUGCCAAUGUUUUUUCUUAAAUGAGUUACUAGUGGAGUAUUUUUGGUCUGGUGAGGACAAGGUCCAUUUGCCUUGGAUAUAUUUCGGGAAGGAUACAGCAGCUCUAACUGACCCUUAAAAGUUUUUGAUUCUCAUUUCUCUAUGUGACGUGGCCGAUACUGGUGGAGUAUGCAUGGGUAUUAACAGGGAAUCAUUGUUUUUAUGGUUAUUUGGUAUGGCUGUAAGGAGAUUUGUGUGAGUUUAUAAAGAAGGGUCUUUGAAGUAUGCGUCUAAUCGCAGAUGUUAUGUUGCUAGAAGAUGCCUUGUGUUCAUAAGAUUUAGGUUUAGAGAGUUUGGAUGUAGAUCGCCAGAUCUGGAAGAAGAUGACAUGCUCAUGAUCACAAUGCUCGAACUUGACAUAAUGACAAAUUUUUGGUGCAUCAUUAUUACCCGGGGAAGUUUAUUUUCGUAGAAGGUAUUUUUUUUGUUUCAAAAUUGAUUCACUUAGCAUUUGAUGAGAUAAUUGUAAUCAAAUACUGUUUUCUAGGAAAAAUUGAAGAAUUAAUUCUGUAAUGUAUAAAGGAAUUUUUAACUAUAACUACACAUGUAUAUGUAAAAGCGUAUUUUAAAGGUUCGUAAAAUAUUUUUUUCGGCAUUACCAUAUUGUUUUUUACCUAAUGUCGUAAAAGAGAGACGACUUUUUUAAUAAUUUUUUUAUGUGUAGUGAUUCUGUCGCAGAGUACAAGGAGUGGACCUAUUAUCAAUAAAAAGGAGAAUUUUAUUAGACGAAUGAUUUACCAUGAUAUGAUUUGGAAUGCCUGCUGUAUCAAUUGAAUGUUAAGUGCUUUAGAAACCGAGGUCCAUCAAAGACAUAUGUGUGAGGGACUUGAUGGGAUGAUCAGCUAGAUCGUAGAAACUUAUUGGAGUCAGUCUUGUUGUGCUUAAAAAAGAUUGGAUAGGUUCAAACUUGUAAUAAAUAUGCCAAUGUAACUUUAAUCUAGUCACUAGUUAGAUGCAAAUGACAAACUUGAGAACGAUUUUUUAGUGUAAUACGAAAAUUCGUGGUAUGUUUUCAUUUUGCAAUAAGUGAAAAAUGUUGAAAUGGUCUUAUUUAAGAAUUUAUGCGAUUUGUUGAGCAUCUUGCUCUUGGCAAUUUCUAGAUCGGUGCCACUCAUAAUUUAAAGUUAAGAUGCGAGUCUAGGUUCUUAAAUUGAAAGAUACCUUCUUAACGAACACACAUAUGGCAUGUCAUGGUGAUGACAUUUGCUGAAGGGUUGCCAGACCACUGCUAUUAUGAGUAUAUGCUCGGUGUUCUGACAUCUUUAACAUUCAGAUCCAUAAAGUGAGAAAAAAGCUUGUUAAUGAACAGUUUAAAACAAAUGUGUCAUAUAGUCAUUAAUGACUCUUAACUUUCUUCAUCAUUAUUUGCAAUGUGACAGGCGUAUGAUAUUGUGUGGAAACCAUUAGAACAAAUAAACAUUGGGUUACUGGAAAAUCAACUCCUCCAGUGAAAGGAAAUGCAGGAUGUUAUACUAUCUAGUGCUAGGUCGAAACUAUGGGUUUCAUUAAGGAAAUUUAAAUUGUGGAUUAUCUUUGAGAAUAUUAAUGAAUAAUAUACGGGGAGUAUGUUUGGGAUAAUGUCAGAGAUUUCAAGGAAAGAGUAAGAUCUUUACUCCUACUGACGAAAAAAAGUGAUCUAGUUGUUCUGAAGAGAUGGGUCUUUAAGGAUUCCAAUCAUAGGUGUGAAUUUUAUACCAUUUAUUUGGAACUGGACUGAAUAGUGCAAUUCACAUCUAAGGAUUUCGCAGAUCUUACAUCUGGUAAACAUCACAUUGCAAAGUCGAAUGCUCUGUUCUGAAGUGUUUGAAGCUGUUACCACAGGCAAGGGUAGGAGGUUCAGUGGAAUAUUCAUCGUCCUGGGGCAGCUUUUAGCUUCUGACGACUAUAUUGCCCUCCUGAGAGAUCAUUAUUACAUCAUCAGCCCUCCCUCUUGAGCGUGGCACCUCAUGCCUAACAUACGAAGUUAUUAAACUGAGUCAAGAAUACGAAUGUGGCUCAUAAUCUUAUCAUUCUUUUCUCUGUUAAACCAAUUUGCUUCUUUGGAAGGCUUUCUUCAUGCUGCCCUUUCCUUAAAAUUUAGUACAGUUUCAUGAUUUUUGAUAUUUGUUUACGUAAAAUACCAGCAGUGAUUGGUCAUUUAUACUUUUGAAAUUUUACGACGAAAACUUGUAUUCUGAUCCUGGAUAAUCGCCCCCUUUCAUGAAUCAGCCAAUUCCUAAUGUCAUGGAAUUGACCAUCAACAGUGCUUUGCUAGUGAAUUGAAGGCUUGGACCUUUUCAAGGUGAUGCCGUAAGACCCUGGUAGCUUAGCCAUGGUUACCCUUCAGCAGCCCCUGCUAUUGUUGCAUCAACCAAAUUGAACUCUUGGCUGGCUUGGGUACUGUUCUGAUGAAUCAAUCAAAACUGCCCCUUGAACGUUCUGACAUUAAUGUGUACCCUUUCAACCUGUCGAAUAGAAACCUGUAGUUUCUGAUUCAGAUCACCUGGACUACAUUAGUGUAUGACUGUAUUUGUUUCAGGGUCACAAUGAAAUUCUUUACCUUUUGUGUGGAACUGAUGACCUUUGUCUCCCUCUCUCUUUCCUGCAUUACAUAUACUCGAAUUUUGCAUGCUCUAAUUAAAAAUUUUCUUCUGUAUUUUAUCUAGGCCUCUACUCCAUUGCAAGUUAAAUAUGCAGAUGGCGAAUUGGAAAGACUAGGUGGGAUUUUGGUGAAUAAAUUUGUCUUUUCACAUUGAAUUAGGAUACUCAUCUUAAGCUCGGACCCUAGCCUCUUUGUUCUGGUUUAUAGUUUCUAAUUUUCGAAACAGUUUUUAUGUGUUACGUUCUCUCAUAGUGUAAUAAUGACUUUUUGUUCUAUGAAAAUGUUAUAACUCUCUUUGAUUAGUUUAUUUUCAGAACACAAGCUAUUUAUUGGUAUGCUUCCCAAAAACGUUUCUGAGACUGAACUAUCUGCAUUGUUUUCCAAAUAUGGAAAUAUUAAGGAUUUACAAAUUCUAAGAGGUUCGCAACAGACAAGUAAAGGUAUAGAUUCUGUUCUUGAAGCUGCUUUAAAGUUCUAGAAUUUGGUUGCUGAAAUUUCGCUCUUUCAGUAUUUAACUGACAAUGAUCUGUUGUUGUUACUCAAAAUCUUUUGUUACUCUAGCAGGUUGUGCCUUUCUGAAGUAUGAGACAAAAGAGCAAGCACUUGCAGCAUUGGAAGCCAUAAAUGGGAAGCACAGAAUGGAGGUGUGUCCUUGUGAUUUUUACUCUUUAUACCUUUUAUGCUGGAAGGUUUACACCUCCCAAAGUAUCUUUUAACCUGUCACGACGGUUGACUAAGGUAUCAUGUUGAACUAGCACAUUUUAGCUCAAUUUAGUUAUCAAUGCUUACGAUUUAAAUCUGCUGAUAAAAUUGAAAUAAUGAUAUCUCACUUCAGUUUGGAGCAGGAGAGUGUGCCCUACUUUCAAAUAAAAGAUAAAAAGUUGAAGAAAUAAUAACCUGGACACUGCUAGUUCCACAUAAAUCAGCCAUUUCCGCAUUGUGCUACAGACCUUGCCCUACCGAAGAGCAGGAGAAGAAACGCAAGGAGAUAAUGCAAGUCGAAAUUAGUGUACUGGCCACAGGCAAUGGGGAAACCAAUUUGUUGAACAUGGGAAACAAAAGUUAAUCUGCUCAUUACGUGAGUGGUUUUCACAUUAGUUUCAGGAGUGGCUUCCUCAUGGAUCUCAUAGAUUCUUUGCCCUAUUUAUUGCUUAUUAAUUCAGUUAAUACACCUACAUCGACAUUAAUUAAGUCCAUCCAAGGUUUUACGCUGAAACAAUGGAACAGAAAGAAUGAUUCAUGUCACUAGCGGAACAUGUGCACAACAUUUAAGCAUUGGAAACUUAUUGAAAGUGAAGUAUGAUGCUUGAGCAUUUGUUUUGAUAUCUUAGUUUUACUCAUGGUUCAAAUAUCAAUCUUACUCUUUUUUGAUGCAGAGAGCACUUUCAGAUGCUCUCACGACUUGUAUCCAAAUUCUGCUUUUUCGGAUCCUUCUAUGUAGUUGUAAGUUCCUUUCAUUCUUGGCCAUUGAAAUUUCUGGCCUAGGCCACACAGUAUAUGGAUAGACCAUGAUGGGUGCUUACAUUACCUUGCUUUUUUUUUUGUCAGCGGCACUUAAUAUAUACUUCUGUUUAUACGUUUCGUUGGUCAUUUUUUUUUAUUCAUCUAUAUUUUCUGGAGGCUCUAGCAAAAAUCAUAUAGAUAGAUGACAUUAGUGUCGGUCAAGUUGUGAUGUCUUUUGGGUCAGUGUUAGGUUUCUCUGAAUCCUCUUUCCUAGAUAUAUAUCGUACGCCAAUCCUUGUCACUUAUUUGGUUGUUCGGAUUGGAGAAAGUUAUAAAAAGAAAGGAAAGUCAAAAGUUGAUUUUGCCACUACAACAGUUGUUUUUCUUCUGAAACUCUAUUCUUGUUUCUACUGUGCAGGGUUCCAGUGUGCCUUUGGUUGUUAAAUGGGCAGAUACAGAGAAGGAAAGGCAGGCCAGGAGAGCACAUAAAGCUCAGUCGCAGAAUUCCAAUGCACCAAGUGUCAUUGCCACACAGCAACCUUCAUUGUUUGGAGCUUUACCAAUGGGUUACAUUCCUCCAUUCAAUGGUUAUAGUUAUCAGGUUAGUUUAUGCUAUUCAUUUGGCAGGGUUUUGCAUUAAUUUAUUCCUACGGAUUCUUUAUUAUAAGAAAGAUUUCCGGCUUUCCUUUUUCUUACUCGUCAAAGGUUAACGUUUUUGUACCAAUUUCCCAUUUUUUAUUUCAUUUUGAAACGGUUUCGUAAUUUUGCCCUACCUUCUGCUAGAGGAACCAAACAAUUCUGGAUAAAGCAGCAGUGUUGUUCCCAUGAUAUAUUGGCUUUUCGAUUGCCUUCAGUUGUGAAGGCAUCUAUUUUUAUCACUGAAUACUUUCUAACUUUUAAUUUUUUUCUUUGUUAUAUAUGCAGACAUCUGGAACAUAUGGGAUAAUGCAGUAUCCUCUGACGUCAAUACAAAAUCAACCAGGCUAUACUAGUAUGGUUUCGGCUGUUACUCAAGGAAACACCAUCCGUGGUGUUAAUUCUGCAGCUCCCCUGGGUGCAUCGCCAAGAAAUUUUCCUACGGUACAGUCUGCUGCGUAUGUGGGUUCGCCAUAUCAUGGUGUGCCAGGACUGCAAUAUCCGAUGACAUAUCCGGGGAUGAUGAAUCACCAGCCUUUGGUUCAUCCGCACAGUCCCAUGCAGCCUACGGUGUUGAGCAAUGAUUCUGGAGUACAUUCAAGCGUCAGUGGAAGCACUGGGGUUCAGAUUGAAGGUGAAUAAUGGUCAAACGUUUAUAUUCGAAUUCACAUCAUUUCUGAGGAGAGUUCGGGUGACUGAUUGUUUAUUUUUCUAGGUCCUCCUGGUGCUAAUUUGUUCAUUUAUCAUAUCCCCCAAGAAUUUGGUGAUCAGGAUCUUUCAAAUGCUUUUCAACCAUUUGGCAGAGUCUUGAGCGCCAAAGUAUUUGUUGACAAAGCAACUGGUGUUAGCAAGUGCUUUGGUAAUCCCUUAUCGAUUGUUAAUUUGAUGAUCAUUUAUAUACAUUUUUCUUAUUCGCUUCAAUCUCCAGGUUUUGUCAGUUAUGACUCUCCCGCUGCAGCUCAAACUGCCAUCAAUAUGAUGAAUGGAUUUCAGUUGGAAGGGAAAAAAUUGAAGGUACAGCUUAAGAGAGACAACAAACAGAGCAAUCCUUACUGA